AUGUGUGGACGUACUGCAUUAUCACUGGACAAAGAACUAAUUCGAUGUGCUUGUAGUUAUAAAAAUCGUGGUGAUUCUUACGUUAAACCAGAAUGGCUACACGAACAUAACGAUGGCAAAGAAUAUGUACCCUCUUACAAUAUUGCACCCACAGAUGUCUCACCUGUUUUGAUUUCAUCUAGUAAAUAUAGAACCACACAAAGCGAUUGCAUUCGCAUUAUAAAACCAAUGAUGUGGGGAAUAAUUCCUCCCUGGCAUAAGGGUGAUUAUCACAAACAUAAUCUAAGUACAAAUAAUUGUAGAUUAGAAAAUAUAAGGCAAUCUAAACUAUAUAACCCAAUUUUGUUGGAUGGUGGUAGAUGUAUAAUUGUAAUAGAGGGUUACUAUGAAUGGCAAACAACUAUUAAAACUAAGGUGAAACAACCCUACUACAUUUAUGCCUCACAAGAUGAACAUAUCAAGAUUGAUGAGCCUGACACAUUUCAAAAUAGUUAUAAUAAUAAAGAUGGAUGGAAUGGUUUAAAGCUUUUGUACAUAGCUGGACUGUAUAAUGUAUGGCAAAAUAAUGAUAUUAUUCUUUAUUCAUAUUCUGUUAUUACUAUGGACUCAAAUAAUACACUGGAUUGGCUACACCAUCGAAUGCCUGCCAUUUUGGACACAGAAAUGCAAAUUGAGGCAUGGCUUGACAUAGAUAAUGUUAAUGCAGAUAUGGCACUUUCAUAUCUCAGGCCUUCCAAAUUACUGUCAUGGCAUCAAGUUUCAACAGCAGUUAACAAUUCACGCUACAAAUCCAAUGACUGUAUUAAGAGAAUAUCAAAAGAAAAAUGUUCACAAAAAUCUAUAACUGCAUGGUUUAAGAAAACUGAAAAAAGAAAAAUUAACGAUCAAGACACUAAGAGUAAAAGAUUCAAAUAA